AUGAGCGGGCUGCUCCUCUGCCUUCUGGCCCUCAUCACAAUCUGGACCCUGCAUGCCCAGGAGGACAACUGCAAAGGUCUUUGCGGCAGGCGCCCCUUGGCACCCAGCCACUCCCUCCCUGUGGUGGGGGGCAUCGACACUAUGCCAGGCACCUGGCCCUGGAUGGUCAGCAUCCGGACCCCCUUCAAGUCUGGCUACCAACACACCUGCGGAGGAUCGCUCAUUGGCGCCAGGUGGAUCCUCACGGCAGCCCACUGCUUCAGAGACAUAAGGCACCUGACCAAUUGGGAACUGGUGUUCGGCACGAACAAACUGUCCCACCCAGGUCCCGAUGCAGAGGUCCGCUUCCCCAAGAGGGUGGUACAGCACGAGAACUACCAGCCCCGCCAGCAGAUCAAUGACAUUGCCCUGGUAGAGCUGGAUGACCCCGUGAAGUGCAGCGACUACAUCCAGCCCGCCUGCUUGCCGGACAGCUCAGUGGACGUCUCCAACAUGGUCCAUUGCUAUAUUGCUGGGUGGGGCUACACGCGGGAGAAAGACAAGGCUCCAUCUGAUAUCUUGAAGGAGGCCAAGGUGGACCUCAUCCCCACAGAGAAGUGCAACAGCAGCAACUGGUAUUAUGGAAGUAUCUCCGCCAGUAACCUGUGUGCUGGAUUUGAAGGAGGAGGCAUUGACACUUGCCAGGGUGACAGCGGAGGGCCUCUGCUAUGUAGGGAAAACCGGUCUGAACGCUACUGGAUUGUAGGGGUGACUGCCUGGGGGCUGGGCUGUGCCAGGGCCCAGAAGCCCGGAGUCUACACUUCUACCCAGAACUUCUAUGACUGGAUCCUAGGCUACACAAAAGAAAAGACCACCCAUGAAGAGGUCACCCCUGUGCCACAGGUAGCCAACCCCGAAGACAGCACUGAAGAAAUCAUUGAAGACGUUGAAGUCACUCCUGAAGAAAUCAUUGAAGCCACCAUCGAAGCCACCACUGAAUCCACCACUGAAAGGAGUACAACCACCACAACUCCCACCACCACCAAAGCUCCUCAGCCCCAAGUCCCACCUCGCAAACGCAAACGACCCACCAAGACCAUCACGCUGGGCAGCUACUAUGGCUACAGUGGGAGUUCAAACUGGCCCAAGGACUGGCCUUUCAGACACCACCCUCGCUCUUGA